UUAACCAUAUUUAUGCUGUUCCGCCGGUUAUACAUAAACUUGUCAAUGAUCCAUUAGUUCAACAAUUUGAUUUAUUAAGUGUAGAUACGAUUGCAAGUGCAGGAGCUCCAUUGGUUGAUCAAUUGGAAAAAAAUUUUUAUGAAAUGUUUAAAAUACCAAUUUUACAAUUUUAUGGUUCUAUUGGGAUUCUUUUUUCAAAUGUGAAAGCUAAAAUAUUAUCAGAAGAUGGUCAUG